UUUUGUUGGCGGUGACACCUCCGCUGACCGCGGGAGCCGUAGGGAGGACGUUAGGGACCCCAGAAGCUGGGAAAUGGAUUCAGUGGCUUUUCAGGAUGUAGCUGUGGACUUUACCCAAGAGGAAUGGGCUUUGCUAGAUCCUUCCCAGAAGAAUCUCUACAGGGAUGUAAUGCUGGAAACCUUCAGGAACCUGGCUUCUGUCGGAAACAAAUGGAAAGAUCAGAACAUUGAAGAUCAGUACAAAAAUUAUGGGAGAAAUUUGAGAAGUUAUGUGGUAGAGAGACUCUGUGAAAGUGAAGAAGGUGGUCAGUGUGGAGAAACCUUCACCCAGGCUUUAAAUCUUAAUCAGAGCAAGAAAAUUCCUGCUGGAGUAAAACCAUGUAAAUGCAGUGUGUGUGGAAAAGUUUUCCUGUGUCAUUCAUCCCUUAAGGGGCACCUGAAAUCUCACUCCAUAUACAAGGCACUUGAGUGUGAGGAAUAUGGAGAGAAGCCACAUAAAUGUGAACAGUGUGGGAAAACCUUCAAUUCUCUCAGAAGUGUUGGAAGACAUAUGGUGACCCACAGGAUAAAAGGCUCUUAUACUUGUGAGUUGUGUUUGAAAGUCUUUGAUUUCCCCAGUUCAUUUCAAAUACACCAACAAACUCACACUGGAGCCAAACCCUCUGAUGACAAGCGGUGUGGGAAGACCUUUCUUUGUUCUAGUUCAUUUCAAAUACCUGGCAGAAUUCACAGUAUAGAAAAAUCUUACGAAUGCAAACAAUGUGAUAAAACUCUGAGUUGUUCCAGUUCCCUUCAUAGACAUGGAAGAUCUCAUAAUGAAGAAAAUCCCUAUAAACGUAAACAAUGUGGUAAAGUUCUUAGUUCUUCCAAUUCUCUUGGAAUACAUGAAAGAACUCACACUGAAGCAAAAACCUACAAUUGUAAACAAUGUGGUAAAGUACUCAGUUCUUCCAAUUCCCUUAGAGUACAUGAAAGAACUCAUGCUGAAGACAAGUCCUUUGAGCGUAAACAAUGUGAUAAAACUCUCAGAAGUCACAGUUACCUUCAAGAACAUGAAAGAACUCACAUUGAAGGAAAACUCAAUGAACGUGAACAGUGUGGUAAAGUACUGAGUUGUCCCAGUUCCCUUCAACUUCAUGAAAGUGUUCAUAGUGUAGAAAAACCCUGUGUAUGUAAACAAUGUGGUAAAGCCUUCCGAUAUCAAAGUUCCCUUCUACGGCAUGAAAGAGCUCACACUGGAGAGAAACCCUAUGAAUGUAAACAGUGUGGUAAGGCCUUCACUCGCAACAGUAACCUUCGAGAACAUGAAAGAACUCACAACGAAUCAAAACCAUACCAAUGUAAGCAUUGUGGUAAAGCUCUCAGUUCCUCCACCUCCCUUCGAUCUCAUGCAAGAACUCAUAACAGAGAACAGUCCUAUCAGUGUGAACAAUGUGGUAAAGCGUUCAGGUUUCCCAGUUCCCUUAAAGUGCAUGAAAGAAUUCAUAGUGGAUACAAACCCUACGAAUGCAAUCAAUGUGGUAAAGCCUUCAGACAUCAUAGCUACCUUCAAGAACAUGAAAGAAUUCAUACUGAAGAAAAACCCUAUGAGUGUAAACAGUGUGGUAAAGUGCUCAGUUGUUCUAGUUCCCUUCAAUAUCAUGAAAGAACUCACACUGGAGAAAAACCCUAUGAAUGUAAGCACUGUGGUAAAACUCUUCGUUGUUCUAGUGCUCUUCGAUAUCACGAAAGAAUACAUACUGGAGAAAACCCCUAUGAAUGUAAACAAUGUGGUAAAGCUUUCACUAUUUCCAAUUCCCUUCGAUAUCAUGAAAGAAUUCAUACUGGAGAAAACCCCUAUGAAUGCAAACAGUGUGGUAAAGCAUUCAGAUUUCCCAGUUCCCUUAAAAUGCAUGAAAGAACUCAUACUGUAUGUAAACCCUAUAAAUGUAAACAAUGUGGUAAAGCCUUCAGAUGUCACAACUACCUUCAAGAACAUGAAAGAAUUCAUACUGAAGGAAAACCCUAUGAAUGUAAACAGUGUGGUAAAGUGCUCAGUUGUUCUAGUUCCCUUCAAUAUCAUGAAAGAGCUCAUACUGGAGAAAAAUCCUAUGAAUGUAAACAAUGUGGGAAAGCUUUCAGUAGUUCCAGUUCCCUUCGAUAUCAUGAAAGAAAUCACCCUGGAGAAAGACGCUAUGAAUGUAAACAAUGUGGUAAAGCUCUCAGUAGUUCCAAUUCCCUUCGUUGCCAUGAAAGAAUUCAUACUGGAGAAACACCCUGUGAAUGUAAACUGUGUGGCAAAGCCUUCAGAUUUCACAGUUCCCUUCAAAGUCAUGCAAAAACCCAUACUCGAGAAAAAAUCGCGGCGACUUGGGCCCGGCCCCUGGCCCUGUCGCGCAGCGCUGUGCCCACAGCUCGCGUCUCCCCGGACCGCGCAGACUCGGUGGCUUUUCAGGAUGUGGCUGUGGACUUCACCCAGGCAGAGUGGGCUUUGUUGGAUCCUUCCCAGAAGAAUCUCUACAGAGAUGUGAUGCGGGAAACUUUCAGAAACCUGGCUUCUAUAGGAAACAAGUGGAAAAACCAGAACAUUGAAGACCAGUUUAAAAUUCCAGGGAGAAAUUUAAGAAGUUAUGUAGUAGAGAGACCCUGUGAAAGUGAAGAAGGCAGUCAGUGUGGUGAAACCUUCACCCAGGCUUUAAAUCUUAAUCAGAGCAAGAAAAUUCCUGCUGGAGUAAAACCAUGUAAAUGCAGGGUGUGUGGAAAAGUUUUCCUAUGUCUUUUAUCUCUCAAGAGGCAUCUGAAAUCUCACUCCAGAUACAAGGCACUUGAGUGUGAGGAAUAUGGAGAGAAGCCACAUAAAUGUGAACAGUGUGGGAAAACCUUCAAUUCUCUCAGAAGUGUUGGAAGACAUAUGGUGGCCCACAGGAUAAAAGGCUCUUAUACUUGUGAGUUGUGUUUGAAAGUCUUUGAUUCCCCCAGUUCAUUUCAAAUACAUCAACAAAUUCACACUGGAGCCAAACCCUCUGACAGCAAGCAGUGUUCUAGUUCAUUUCAAAUACCUGGCAGAAUUCACACUGUAAAAAAAUCUUAUGAAUGCAAACAGUGUGGCAAAACCCUCAGUUCUUCCUGUUCCCUUCGAAGGCAUGAAAGAAGUCAUAAUGGAGAAAAACCCUAUGAGUGUAAACAGUGUGGUAAGGCCUUCACACGUCAUGGUUACUUUCGAGAACAUGAAAGAAUUCAUGCUGAAGCAAAAACCUAUGAGUGCAAACAGUGUGGUAAAGCUCUCAGUUCUUCCAAUUCCCUUCGAAUCCAUGAGAGAACUCACACUGGAGAAAAACCCUAUGAGUGUAAACAGUGUGGUAAGGCCUUCACACGUCAUGGUUACUUUCGAGAACAUGAAAGAAUUCAUGCUGAAGCAAAAACCUAUGAGUGCAAACAGUGUGGUAAAGCUCUCAGUUCUUCCAAUUCCCUUCGAAUCCAUGAGAGAACUCACACUGGAGAAAAACCCUAUGAGUGUAAACAAUGCGGGGAAGCUUUCAGAUGGCACAGUGACCUUCGAAAACACGUGCGAUUUCAUAUUGAAGAAAAUCCCUUUGAAUGUAAAAAAUGUGGCAAAGCACUAAGUUCUCCCAAUUCCCUUCGAAUUCACGAAAGAACUCACACGGGAGAAAAACCUUAUGAGUGUAAACAGUGUGGAAAAGUCUUCCGAUUUCAGACUUCCCUCAUAAGGCACGAAAGAGCGCAUGCUGGAGACAAAUCCUAUGAGUGUAUACAGUGUGGCAAAACUCUCAGUUGUUCAAAUUCCCUUCAAGUCCAUGAAAGAAUUCAUAAUAAAGCACGACCCUAUCAGUGUAAGCAGUGCGGCGAAGCCUUCAGAUUUCACGUGGCUCUUAAAAUGCAUGAAAGAACCCACGCUGGAUAUAAACCUUACGACUGUCAACAAUGUGGUAAAGCCUUCAGAUGCCGCGGCUAUCUUCGAAAACACGAAAGGAUUCACACUGAAGUCAAUCCCUAUGAAUGUAAACAGUGCGGCAAGGUGCUCAGCUGUCCCAGUUCCCUGAGAUAUCAUGAGAGGGCUCACACAGGAGAAAAACCCUCUGUGUGUAAACAGUGUGGCAAGAGGCUCAGUUGUUCCAGUGCCCUCCAAAAACACAAAAGAAUUCACACGGACAGAAAAACUCUGUGAAUGUCAACAGCGUAGUAAAUCCUUCAGAUUUUCCAUUUGUCUUCAGAUGUGUGAAAGAAUUCAUGGAGGGGGAUACGGAUGAUAAAAACUUGUGGUGAAGGCAUCAGUUUUUUCAGAUAUUUUUGAACACAUAGAAAGACUCACACUGGAGAAUAGCCUUAUGAAUGUAUGAAAUUUGUUAAAGCCAUCAUUUAAAGACAACAACAACAACAAAAAUGCAUUCAGCAGAAAAUCUCUAUGAAGGGCCGGUGGCUGUACCUUCAAAGGCCCAUAAUGCACACUGAAGAUAGAUGUUAUACAUAUCAGACUCCAGUAGUUUGGAAAAUAAAGGAAAGCUUUUGAUUUUUAUGAUUGCUUUAAAAGUCAAUGGGAAAACUCCCACUGGAAAGAAAUCUCAUAAAUGUAGGUGAUAUUGAAAUCUUAAUGCAAAUUAUUAAUUAUUACAUAAUGUUCAGUUUCUCUAUAUGAACAAAAUUUACAUAAAUUAUGAAUAUGUUUAUCAGUGGCUCAUAGUUAAAAGUUCUCUGGUUUGCGUAUUUCCAUUUCUUUGUAAGGAUACAUAAAGGUGAGGAUUCUAUAGGUGUAGUUGUGUCAGUUAACAAAGGGAUAAAUUCAGAGAAAUGCCUCGUUAGGCAAUCUAAUUGCUGUGUGAAGAUUAUAAAGUGUACUUAGACAAAUUUUAGAUGGUAUAGUGCACUACCAACAAACUUAGGCUAAAUGCUGUUGCCCGUUUCUUUUGGGCUCCAAACCUGUACAUUAUUGUAUUUAGUACUGUAGGCAACAGUAACUCAAUGAUAAGUAUUUGUGUAUCUAAACACACCGAAAAAUAGAAAAGCUACAGUAAGGAUAUAGUAUAAAAGAUCAGGGUAGGGUGGCCUGUGAUUGUAAUCCCAGCUGCUUAUGAAGCUGAGGCAGGAGGAUCACAGUUCAAGGUCAACCUGGGUAGUUUCUUGAUCCUGUAUCAAAGUAAAAAAUAAAAAGGUCUAGGGGAGUAGCUCAAUGGGUCGAGGGUCCCUGGCUUUGAUCUCCAGUACUGCAAAAAUAAAAUAAAAGAUAUACCUGUGCAAGAUACUUCCUGCGUACAGAACUUGCUGGAGUACUGGUGGGAGUCUGCUGGGCGAGUUUGAAUGAUCAAUCGGUGACUGAAUGUGAAGGCCUAGGACAUUGCUGGACACUGCUGUUGACUUUAUAAACACCUGGACUUAUGUUAUACUAAAUUUAUAAAAAUAAUUUUAUCAGCAAGAAUAAAUUAACCUUAGGUUAGUGUAACU